GGCAGCCAAUAGGAGCGGGCGGGGGCGGGGCCGGCUGGGCGCUGUGCAGCCGCGGCGGGGCUUGCAGGUGUCCGGCCUUGCUGGCCCAGCAAGCCUGAUAAGCAUGAAGCUCCUAUCUUUGGUGGCUGUGGUCGGGUGUUUGCUGGUCCCCGCAGCUCAAGCCAACAAGAGUUCCGAAGAUAUCCGGUGCAAGUGCAUCUGCCCUCCGUACAGAAACAUCAACGGGCACAUUUACAACCAGAAUGUGUCACAGAAGGACUGCAACUGCCUGCACGUGGUGGAGCCCAUGCCGGUGCCGGGCCACGACAUGGAGGCCUACUGCCUGCUGUGCGAGUGCCGGUACGAGGAGCGCAGCACCACCACCAUCAAGGUCAUCAUCGUCAUCUACCUGUCCGUGGUGGGAGCCCUCUUGCUCUACAUGGCCUUCCUGAUGCUGGUGGACCCUCUGAUCCGGAAGCCGGACGCGUACACCGAGCAACUGCACAACGAGGAGGAGAAUGAGGAUGCUCGCUCGGUGGCAGCGGCCGCUGCGGCCCUCGGGGGGCCCCGAGCAAACACGGUCCUGGAGCGUGUGGAGGGCGCCCAGCAGAGGUGGAAGCUGCAGGUGCAGGAGCAGCGGAAGACCGUCUUCGACCGGCACAAAAUGCUCAGCUAGAUGGCGGCGGCGGGCACGGGGCUGCCGGCCUCGGCGCCAGACGGAGCCGGAGUGGGCCGCGUCCCCCUCCCCGAUGCCACUGGUCCCC